AUGAAUAAUUCAACAAACAACUCUUCCUUUCCCAACCCUAUCACGACGGCUGCCGCUGCCAAUGCUCAGUCUGGCCGACGACGCAUGUCUAUAACUACACUGGGCCUCUCUGGUUCUCCAACCCAGCCCUCCCCCUUUGGCGCCUAUGCGGGCCGUCGUGAGAGUCUCUCUAGUUCGGAGAGCUACGAAGACGCUGUGGACGAUAUCGAACAUUCUCCUGCCAACAACCCAACGUCUCCUUUGGCUAGACGCGUCUCGUUCGGUGCACAGGCAUUGAGAGACGUCCGUGGAGGAAGCGGUACUGGAAACGGUAGAUAUCCCUCUUCUGGAUCGUCUCCUUCGGCGACGCGGCGUCAUACUGCAUCGUCGACUAGUUCCACUUUUUCAAGAGAUAAUCCUUCUUCUUUGUCUUCAUCUUCAUCUUCUGCUGCUGCAGGUACUAGCACUCAAAAGCUUAAGAAUGAGAGAUCUGACCAGUCUUGGCGACCUCUAGGCGAGGGUUUCAACUGGUCCGCCGCCCUCCGGACCAGAGCCGAACGGGCUCCCUCUGUCGGAGGUUCAUAUCCUGCCUCUUCGCAUCUGCAACCAUCCAUGAUGAACCCAAAUGAUCCGAGUGCUCAUCAGCGCUCUGCUUCCAUUGCCAUCAUGGAGCAACCCACCCGUGAGAUUCCCAGGGAGCCGCGACAAAGCAAACCAGAUUUCUUCCAGGAGAAGAUCCUUCGAGCUGAUUUCAUGGAUUAA